UUCAAAUGAUGGAAGUUUCAGCUUAUUACAAACUGAUACGUUCAUUACAAAUAGUACAGAUCUUACCAGUUUUCAAAUUACCGCGCUUCAAACUUUAUAUAGUGGUUAUGCGAUUGUAUACUCUGAUGCGAGUGUACGAUUAUACGCUAUUAAAUUGAAAUAUAAUGAAAAAGCAGCUGCAAAGUUUAUUUUAUAUCAAUUAACGCAACCAAAUAUGACUUUCGCCAACUUAUUUUGCUCUGUCAAUUACGUAUACAUUGGUUAUUCGUGCAUCGCUUCUGUAGUAAAUACUCAAAUUCCAACUAAUACAACUAUAUCCACAAGCACAUUGGCUCCCGUUACAACCUUACCAGCUCAACCUACUACCAGUACAAUGCAAGGAUUAUAUCAUUUGAAAAUACGUUUUCCCUCUAGCGGAUCUGUGUUGGCAGCGGAUAAUGUGGCACCUAACGGAAAUUCAGCGAAUGUUAGAACAUUGCCUCUUGGAGG